AGAGAAGUUAGAAACGAGGAAGGAGAAUGGAAAAUGAAAAAUGAAAAAUGAGAUUAGAAUUUUGAAAGAGUAUAUUGACAAUUAAGAGUAGUUUUGGAAUUAUGAAAAUAUCAUUUGGCUGAAAUAUUAGCUAAGGGAGUUUUCUUUAAUUAUUUUUGGGAGAUAGUGUUUCAUUAACUACAUUUUCUACAUGUGGGGUUCUUGCUAAAUUUCUCUUAAUAUAUAUUCAGUGGCGGAUCUGACUAUGGUAUAGGGUGUGCAACUGCACACCCUUGAUUAAAAACAAAAUUGUAUUUUUAUACUAAUGCUAACAAGAAAGGCUUGUAGUUUAUUAAGUUUGUAAAUCGUAAUGCUAAUUUUGCUUCUCAUAAUCUUGCUAAGUGGGCUCAUCAUCUUUCUUGGGGUGGAGUUGUAGCUCCUAAUUAUAUCCAUAUUAGUUGUUUUUGUGAUGGUGGGCACCCUCUUUUUUAUUCUUGUAAUUUUUGUCUUGAGUAAUUCUACUGCAUCUUUCGAAAAAAAAAAGGUGGUAAAGAGCAUGUUCUUGCAUUUAAUAUAUAGUAAUAAAAAUAAGGGGUUUUCUCGUAAUAUAUAAGAUAUUAAAUACAAAAAUAAUCAUAACAAAAAAGAAAAUGUCUAUUGAGGAAGUGAAGAUCCGCAAAGAGCUAGAGUAAAGAUGGAAAUUGAGAACUUGGAGGAAGAAAUCAAGGAGCGAAUUUACCAUUUUGCCCUCAAACUACACAAAUUUUACCAACACCAGAAAGAAAAAAGAUUAAAGCAAUAUUCAUCAUGUGAUCAGCCAAACGAACAAGGCAACUUUAUUACAAGGGGAAAAAUUAUGUCUUAGGUUAACAUAACUCAAAAUGGAAGGUGGAAAUAUUAUUCAGAUUAAAGAAAUCAAGAAAGAAGACCAAUCCGGGAGGGGCAAUUUCGGCCCUAUAAAUAUUAUCCCUAGUAAUCCAAGACAUGCACGAAAUGUUCGAGGGAAGACAACCCCUCCCGUUCGUCGUACCGUCAAGUUUAAUUGGACAGAUCAUAGUCUCAGAUCCGGAUCCAACGUUGUCAAGGUUAAUCCUCUGCGAUCACGGCGGGAUAAUAAUCGGGAUAAAGUCGAUGUGGAGAUCAAGAAAACUGGAUUAUUGAAAGUGGGGUGGAAAUAUUAGUAGCGUUUUGGCUCCAAGUAAAUAAUUCGAAUACCAAGAAAACAAUUUGAAUAUUUUUAUGCGAAUUCCUUCAUUCACUCUAGUUUCUUGGUAUGCUUCUCUAUCUCCAAACAUUAACAUCAAACAUGUGAAGAUUUUUACUUGCACAUUUCGAUUGUGCUUAAAGACAACCCCAAAAGAUUUUUUUUGAUAUAUCCCUUCAAAGUAAAGCACCCUUGUUUAAAACCAAACCAUAUUCUCAAUUUGAUGAAAAUAAAUAAAUUUAAAAUUGAAAAAAAAAAUUUAAAUAUAAGUAUGCACUAAAUUCUCACUUUCUUGCAGAGAUAUUUGGCGGGUAAAUCGGAAUCAAAUAUAACAGAAAAUGACAUUAAAAGGUUUAUACAUCCUUAAACUCGACAUGUUUUUAUGUCAAGUACUCAUUACAAGUGAAUGGUUGAAAAUGCCACGUGUCAUUAUCAAUCUAUACUUGAUAUAAAAUCAUGUUACAAGUUGUAUAAGAUUUGAAAAUAGUGGAGUAUAUUAAAAAUGGUUCUUUUGUAUUAUCAAAUUUCGUAGGGUUUUUUUUAUAUGCAUUCGAUUCGACUCGUAAAGCUCGAUUGACGGCGUACUUUUUGUGAACCAAUGUUCUUUUGCAAAUUUUAGAACCUUCGGAAUUUGACUAAAGAGUUAGCAAUAUAUAAUAUAUUAAUACAAUAAUAAUCAUAACAAAAAAAAUGUCCAUUGAGGAAGUGAAGAUCCGGGAAGAGCUAGAAAUGGAAAUUGAGAAGAACUUGGAAGAAGAAAUCAAGGAGGGAAUUUACCAUUUUGCCCUCAAACUACACAAAUUUUACCAACACCAGAAAGAAAAAAGAUUGAAGCAAUAUUCAUCAUGUGAUAAGCCAAACGAACAAGGCAACUUUAUUACAAGGGAAAAAAUUAUGUCCGAGGUUAACAUAACCAUCAAAAUGGAAGGUGAAAACAUUAUUCAGAUUAAAGAAAUCAAGAAAGAAGACGAAUUCGGGAGGGGCAAUUUCGUCCCUAUAAAUAUUAUCCCUAGUAACCCAAGACAUGCACGAAAUGUUCGAGGGAAGAAAGCCCCUCCCGUUGCUCGUACCGUCAAGUUUAACUGGACAAAUAGUCUCAGAUCCGGAUCCAACGUUGUCAAGGUUAAUCCUACGCGAUCACGGCGGGAUAAGAAUCGGGAUAAAGUCGAUGUGGAGAUCAAGAAAACUGGAUUAUUGGAAGUGGGGUGGAAAUUUUAGUAGCGUUUUGGCUCUAAGUGAAUAAUUCGAAUACGAAAAAUAUAUUUAAAUUAUUAUAAUAAUCAUGACUUAUUUUAAAAGUUGUGAUAACUUAAACAAAUGUUUAGAAAUUGUUUGAAAAUAAUAAGUUAUUUGUUUUUA